AUGCAUUGCUCAUCAUCAAUGCCUGUUCUACAACGUUUGAGGAAAUGUUUCCUCCUGCUUUGUUUGUGUCUGACAGUACGGAGAGAAUUCGUAUGCGUGGUGAACGCGGUGGAUGUAACGAAAUUCGCAGACACCGCAGUUACGUUAAUGAAUGAAAAACGCAAGGCAAUUGUUGAACAAGUUAUCAGACUACAAGCACUGAUACAUCACUGUGUCAGCCAUCAUAAGUCUUUGUUGAACCACUGCAAGCAUUAUGAGGAAUAUGAUGGCGAGGAUAGUGAGAAAUUAAUGCUCAAGGGAGAGUGCCACCGCCUGAACACGUACUUUGGAGAAAACACACGAGACCUUGAUGCUUACGUCCAACUGGGGGACGUGCCACGAGAAUAUCUACAACUUUGUGAACAAACUGACCUAAAACCUGAUGAAAAGGAAGUUAUGCUGUCCAAAAAAUGGAGGAGUAUGUGGAAGAAACAAACGCUACCCAGUAAGGCAGUGAUUGAAAGGUUGAUAGGGAAACUUGUUGUAUAUGUCGAAGACUCUCACCAUUUGUUACUUAAAAUCCUUCAUGCCGAUUUUAGGCAUUCAAAAGGUGAAGGGGAAACAAUGAAUACGAAAAUAUCAACAGCAGCGGAUGCUAUGGAUGCUAUGCGUACCUCAAACGGCUACCACGUAUCUAGGGAUGCGUUGGAACCCCCUUCAUCAGAUCCCACAGAAAUUCCGGAAAUGAACGUACCUGUCGAUGCCGCAGAGGCGACAGCAGAUGAUGGUUGUGAGCUCGAAGAAAAGGACAAAGUUGUUCCUGGGAUGAUUGAACCCUCAACUGUGGUUCCUGAAUCUCCAGCUUCUGAAGAUAUGGCCGAGGAUGUUGAACCCUCAACUGUGGUUCCUGAAUCUCCAGCUUCUGAAGAUAUGGCCGAGGAUGUUGAACCGCUACUUGUAGAUGAUAGGCUUACAAUAGCUGAAGAUGCUGCUGGACAGCAGACAGGCGCACUCGCAACGUCUGAUGCGACACCAACAGGUAGUAUCUCGACAGGGGACUCCUCUCCCCAGAAACGCGAUAUAGAUGCUUUUGACAACUACAAGCAGACUCUAUUAAAGCUGUAUAAUGUCCAUUAUUCUGUGAAGCAAAUUAUGGAUAUUGUGCUAAAGGUUGUGUUGGAAGAUUCGAAGAAUGGCUCCGCUGCAUCGGAUAGCAAAGCGUUGCUGCGCAACGAAAAAGCCGCAGAGCUCAUGAAACGCGUGGACGAUCUGUAUUCUAAAUACACCAUAUACGACAGCAUGUAUAAAUUGUACAAUGAUUACAAUUAUUACAUGUCCAAAUUGCAAAGUGCAGAGACGGAAUUCGACCAACACCGAUAUUUGUCUGAACUUGAAGACAUACGGCGAAUAUUCGAGAUUCAGGAUCUGCAUGAUGACCUCAGCAAAUUAGGAUCGUUUCACAAAAUGUGUAAUGAUGUCUUCGCUGAGUGCCAGGAACUGGAAGGGGAACUAGAGGAAGGUGAGGUGCAAUACUGCAAGAUGGAAGACAAAGCCACACAGAUGGCUACAAUGGGCGCAAUAUUGCCUACUGUACCUUCAAACGGGCUUCCACGUGAUGUAGCGUCUGGUGGAUCUACUCCGGAAGCGGAUGCCGCGGGACCCGAUGCCAAAAAGAUCAGGCAUCCUGUCCCACGUACUAGGCGUAGGUCGGGAUUCUCUACUCUCAACCUAGUGGCUGUGAACAUUAUUACUUUCCUACAGCUUUUCGCGUUGGUGUAA